AUGGAAUUGGCGGAACCGACCGAACCGGACGAUGGGGAAGCCGCAAGGGUCCGGGGAGUGGCGGAAGAGGCGCGAGAGGCGGCGCAAGAGGUGGCGGAAGAGGCGCGAGAGGAGCGAGAGUUGGCGCGCGAGUUGCGAGAGUUGGCGCGAGAGGCGGAAGAGGAGCGGGAAUUGGCGGGAGAGGAGCGCGAGUUGGAGCGAGAGGAGCGAGAGGUGGAGCGAGAGGAGCGAGAGUUGGAGCGAGAGGAGCGAGAGGUGGCGCGAGAGGUGCGAGAGUUGGAGCGAGAGGUGCGAGAGAGGCGAGAGUCGGUGCGAGAGGCGCGAGAGAGGCGAGAGGCGGUGCGAGAGGCGCUAGCGGCGGUUACAGAAGGCGGUGCUCGACCGACACAGGAGGUGGUGAAUCUGAUGAUCUACCGUGCCGUGAACCCCGUGAACGAGGAUGAUGAUGAUGAUGACUCGUCGUUGGACGACCAUGGCGAUAGUGGCGAUGACAGUGAGGAGGAGGAGGACGAGGAGGCUAAUAACGAGGAUAUGGAGGCGAUGGAAGCGAGGGCUGCGAGGGAUGCGAGGGAUGCGGAGAUGGCGGAGGAAGGGGAGAUUGUUAUGACUGACGAAGGUGAUAUGCUCGACGACGAUACAGACGACGAUGAUAUUGACGAGGAUGAUGAUGAUGAUGAUGUCUCGGACGACGAUAGCGAGAAUGAUUAUAACGAGUUCGAGGACCCGCACUAUAACGAGCAAAGGAGAUCGGUGCUGAGGGUCGCGUCCGCGAUAGCAGCAGGUCCGCUAGACGACUGGAGGGCGGUGAAGGGCGCGCAGGUGCACGAAGAGGCCAAGUAUCUCGUAGAUAACGCCUGCUCCACAUACCGCCUGCCCUCAGGGGUGCACGAGGAGGCCAAGUACCUGGUGGAUGGCGCCUGCUCCACAUACCACCUGCCCUCGGGGGUGCACGAGGAGGCCAAGUAUCUGGUGGAUAACGCCUGCUCCACGUACCGCCUGCCGUCAGGGGUGUGCCACCACCAGUAA